AUAAUAAGAGAAUUCUAAAACCAUGUCUCUUCAAGGAAAAAUUGUGAGGGAAAUAGAAAUAAACACACCUCCCCACAGAUUUUACAAACUCUUCAAAGAAGAAAUUUUCGACAUUCCAAAAGCUUGUCCAAAGUUAAUACAAAAAGUUAACAUUCAUGGCAGUGAUUGGAGCAAACAUAGUCACGGUUCGAUCAAGAGUUGGCACUAUACUAUCGAUGACAAAGCUGAAGUUUUUAAAGAACGAGUGGAAUUCGACGACAAGAACCUAGUGAUAAAAUUGGUUGGAUUAGAAGGAGACUUGUUUGACCAUUUCAAAACGUUCAAUGAAAUAUAUCAAGUUGUGAAAAAAGGACCUGGUCAUUGUGCGAUAAUUCUUACUUUGGAAUAUGAGAAACUUCAUGAUGGUCCUCCUUGCCCUGAAAAAUACUAUGAUGCUAUGAUUGACCUUGUCAAGGGCAUUGAAUCACAUCUUAAAAAGUAAUGUUCCUUAUACCCAUACUAUGAUAUGAACAUGUAAUUUUAUGUUGUGUCUUAGAGUUGAUCCUCUAUAAAUAAUGGUCAUCCUCGUGUCAAAUGGAUGA